CCAAAGCAACCAGCGCUUGAUUACUGCCGAACGCCACGAACGGUAGCGUAAUAAAAAAUACCGUAAUUUUUUUUACAAUUUAAUCAAAAGCUCAACAGAAAGCGACGAUGAGUCUUUCAUUGAAGACGCCUGAUUUCAGCAAAGGAAGAGGCUCUAAAGGCAAGCGGCGGGAGCUGGGCGAAGAACAAAAGCAAGAAAUCAAAGAGGCGUUUGAUUUAUUUGAUACGGAUAAGGAUCGUGCUAUAGAUUAUCACGAACUGAAGGUUGCAAUGAGAGCUCUUGGAUUUGAUGUGAAGAAAGCAGAUGUUCUGAAAAUCAUGAAGGACUAUGACAGAGAAGCUUCAGGCAAAAUUACAUUUGAUGACUUCAAUGAAGUCAUGACAGAUUGGAUGCUGGAUAGGGAUCCACAGGAAGAAGUGUUCAAGGCAUUCAGAUUAUUUGAUGAUGAUGACAGUGGCAAAAUUAGUCUCAGGAAUCUGAGACGAGUAGCAAGAGAACUGGGAGAGAAUAUGACAGAUGAGGAGCUUAGAGCUAUGAUUGAUGAGUUCGAUAAAGAUGGAGAUGGAGAAAUAAAUGAGGAAGAAUUUCUGGCCAUCAUGACAGGAGAUACAUAAAGACAGGCACCUUUGGAAAAAAAUAUAUACUUGUAUAUUUUGCUGGAAAAUCUGUGAACAUGCCCUUUAACAAUAAGAUAUUUUUUUUACCAGGAAUAAGCAGACAUGUUGUAAAUUGUACUUUCACUUAGCAAUUUGUAAAUUGUUUAUGCUAAUGGCAAUGCAUACCUAUUUUUAAUUUACUUACUUAAAAAUCAAAGGAAAAUUAGAUUUGGGUUGAUGUAUCCCAAAAUGUGGUGUCAUCAAAUGUUUUGAAGAUGUGAUCUUGGCUGAUUCCAAUACUGAACAGAAUAUAUGAAAGUAUUUAGCUUUUUUUUAAUUGUAUUAUUUAUUAUGACAACGCCAUUGUAGAUAUUUUAUUACUUCUUAAUAAAAAACUAAACUGUUUCA